ACUCCAGACGUACGUCCAUGUGUUCGUGUGCUGGUGACGACCAAAACGUCCAGACCAUCAAAACCAUGGUGCCACUUGUGGUUCAACGUCACUGGCCCUCCCUCAGCUGUCAGGGCCGAGAGAAUAGAAUACCUUGACUACCAAAAGCAGAGAACUGGAAGCAUCAUGCCUUUCCUGGUGACUUGCAAGGUGCCCUCACACGUGGCUCACCUCCAACCCAUCGCUGCCUCCAUCCUACCCAAUCCAUGCACCUCCACCUCCAACCUCCUCCAGGUUGUUGGCUCUGGAACACGAGAAGCCUCUGCUUAUGUUCAUGAUCUGCCACCUCACUCUUCUACCAGGUACACUGUAGGAGUGUGUGGUCCAGCGUUGUACUACUACCAGCAAGACUUCUCCUCUCGCGUGGUGGAGUGGCUGGAGUUGCUGAAGGCGAUGGACAUCGCCAGGGUGUUCCUCUAUGAGACCGAAGUGCACCCCAACCUGCAGAAGGUGCUGCGGUACUACGAGACUAGUGGCUUCGUGGAAGUGACCAGGUACCACUAUCCUCCGCCCUAUGACAACGAUCCCAACACCCGCAGGUUGUGGACGAACCUGAACCGACACGAGAUGUUCGCUCAGGAGAACAUAUAUUUUAGUGACUGUCUGCUGAGACACAUGCAUCAACACCGCUUCAUCGCUCACUUCGACCCCGACGAAGUGCCUGUCAUCAUCCAUAACGAGUCCUUCACCGACUUCUUCAACGACCUUCUCAGCAGUGAGCUGAGUCGGAAGAGCCCUCCUUCAGGUUACCAACUGCAGUGGAACAUCUUCUACGACAACGUGUACACUCCAACAAACGAGACCCAGUAUUUACACGUGUUGGGACACACGAAGCGGACUAAGAGUAACUUUCCUCGAACCGGUGGUACCGUCAAGACAAUCUACGACAUGGACACCGUAACAGGAGUCUUUUCUCACGGCCCCCUCGUCUGUGCCUCUGGUGAAUGUUCGUCGCAUGUGAAGACAGUGGAUUACAAGGAGGCAUACUUGGGCCACUACACACGUACGUGUAAGGAAGACAGUUGCAUGAAGGAAAAGUUCCUUAUGGAAGACAAAACGCUCCUUCGGUACAAACACCAAGUGAAGACAGCCGUCAAAAAUGUCCUGCAGGAACUAAAGCUGUUACAGGACCCUGGAGGCGUCGUCUGAGGGCCAUGUAUAGGAGGCAUCUGGAGCCUCGCAUGUGUCUUUGAAGGAUGGUGCUCGAGCUCUUGGAGAGUCGAGCAUAGGUGUUUUCGAGGUGCAUGUGUGAGCUUUUAAAAGGACUGCUGGGUACGAGGUGUUGCCUCCGUGGCCUGUAUGCUACCCAGCAGUCUACCCCUGGAUGACGGCAGCGUCUACGCUUGCCAUGAGUUACUCUGAUGACGUGAAGGAACCUGGCGUAAAUAUUCUUCCAUGCAGGAAUCAUGCACGGACGAAUAUACAUCAACAAAUACAUACAUGCAUUUAUGCAUGUGUUCAUAUAUAUUCGCAUCAUAAUUCUUGUGACUAUAUUAGUCACGUAAGGAAUCGUUCAUCCAUACACAGUAUACAUGUGCAGGCUCACCAUAUGACCCUACAUAUACGCACAUGUAUGGAAACACAUAUCGUAUACAAAGUUUUCCAAAUAUUUAUUCACAUCACACACGAGAAUCAAACAUUCCGGUUUAAUAUUUAUUCACAAAGCUCAGCAUUCAUAUUAAAGUUACACAUUUCCAGCACAGGUUUGCCGUCCAUAUAUUCCUGACCUGAUUCCUGUGUAUCAUAAAUGGUACUUCUGUGGGAGUCUGUUCACUCUGGUUGUUUCAUUCGUGGGGAGAUGGGACAAAUGCCUUCAGUCACGGGCCUUAAUCGUAUAAAUGACCACUUGUUUAAAUCUACUGUGGGUAUAUCUUUUUCUGAGGCUAUGGGUCAUCCGAACAUAAACACAACCAUUCCGCUUUUUUUUUUUUGACCUGUGAUCCCAUAAGUUACAUCUACAAUGAGCAAUCCCAUGUGGGAAAAAAGCUGUGGUAGAAUCUUUGCAAAGAUAAUGCAAAACUUUUGAUGUAUGCACUAGGCUUUUGUAUUUUAGUAAUGUUGUGAUACUGAACGAGGAAAUAAUCUCGUAUUGAAGUUUGCUAAAUUCUCGUAUUUAUUAUUUGCAACUCUAUUAUCCAGAAAUUCAAAUUAAUGCAGUUGUCAAGAGUAAACAGACACGGGUUGUUGUCACAUGAUGAC